CAAAGUGUCAGCGGAGACGAUCACAACAGCAGGUCGCGACGUUCCUGUCACCUCCGAGAGAAGCGGGUCCAAAGCGAGUCGGGGCCGGGAGGAGAGCCGCCCAGCUGGUGUCUGCUUCACGGAACUUGUGCCCAGCAGCUCGCGCUUGUUUCUGCCUGUCACUUGUGUGAAGACGCGGGAAGUGUUCGCGGAGCGACCUCACCUGAACAUGGCUUCUACCACCUGUACCAGGUUCACCGACGAGUACCAGCUCUACGAGGAGCUGGGGAAGGGAGCUUUUUCUGUGGUCAGGAGGUGCAUGAAGAUCUCCUCUGGGCAGGAGUAUGCCGCCAAAAUAAUCAACACCAAGAAGCUGUCAGCUAGAGAUCACCAGAAACUGGAGCGGGAGGCUCGGAUCUGCCGGCUGCUAAAACACCCCAACAUUGUGAGACUGCACGACAGCAUAUCGGAGGAAGGAUUCCACUACCUGGUCUUUGAUUUAGUGACUGGCGGUGAAUUGUUCGAGGACAUUGUUGCCAGAGAGUACUACAGUGAAGCUGAUGCCAGCCAUUGUAUACAGCAGAUACUGGAGGCUGUUCUCCACUGCCACCAGAUGGGUGUGGUCCAUCGUGACCUCAAGCCAGAGAAUUUGCUCCUGGCCAGCAAAUUGAAGGGGGCAGCGGUGAAACUUGCUGAUUUCGGUUUGGCUAUUGAAGUCCAGGGAGACCAACAAGCCUGGUUUGGUUUUGCUGGGACACCUGGGUACUUGUCUCCUGAAGUGCUGAGAAAAGACCCGUAUGGAAAGCCAGUGGACAUGUGGGCCUGUGGUGUGAUCUUGUACAUCCUGCUGGUGGGCUAUCCUCCCUUCUGGGACGAGGACCAGCACCGACUCUACCAGCAGAUCAAAGCUGGAGCUUAUGAUUUUCCAUCCCCAGAGUGGGACACGGUGACGCCUGAGGCCAAAGACUUGAUCAACAAGAUGUUGACCAUCAAUCCAGCGAAAAGAGUGACUGCCACCGACGCUCUGAAACAUCCAUGGAUUUGCCAACGUUCCACUGUGGCUUCAAUGAUGCACAGACAGGAAACUGUUGAGUGUCUGAAGAAGUUUAACGCGAGACGGAAACUGAAGGGUGCCAUCUUGACCACCAUGCUCGCCACGCGCAACUUCUCAGCAGCCAAGAGUCUUCUGAACAAAAAGCCUGACGGUGUCAAAAAAAGGAGGGCAGAUGGUUCUGAACAUUUAAGGAUCAACAACAAGGCCAAUGUGGUCACCAGCCCCAAAGAGCCUGUGACCACUCCUGCUCUGGAGCCUCAAACCACAGUUAUCCACAACCCAGCUGAUGGAAACAAGGAGUCUAGCGAGAGUGCCAACACCACCAUCGAAGAUGAGGAUGUCAGAGCUUACCUCCUUAGCAUGAAAGCUCGUAAGCAGGAGAUCAUCAAGGUCACCGAGCAGCUGAUCGAGGCCAUCAACAAUGGCGACUUCGAAGCCUACACGAAAAUCUGUGAUCCAGGUCUCACUUCCUUUGAGCCGGAAGCCUUGGGCAACUUGGUGGAGGGAACGGACUUCCACCGUUUCUACUUUGACAAUGCUUUGUCCAAAGUCAGACGGCCGAUCCACACCAUCCUGCUGAACCCUCACGUGCACCUGAUUGGGGAAGAGGCUGCCUGCAUCGCCUACAUCCGGCUGACCCAGUACGUGGACAGCAGUGGCCUGCCUCGCACCAUGCAGUCUGAGGAGACCCGCAUCUGGCACCGCCGCGACAGCAAGUGGCAGAACAUCCACUUCCACCGCUCCGGCUCGCCCACCGUCCCCACCAAGUGAGGUGACUUGUCCGCCUCGUCCUUGUCAACACGGCCAUCCAUUCAUCAUAUCAGCAUGUGACCUGCUCUCUUGUACGGUUUUAUGUUCUAGUUAACACAACUAAGCCCCGCCCUCCAAGUCUUCAUCCAGCCAAGCCCCUCCCAUGACCCCAAAGGCCCCGCCCUCUCAGUGUGUGGUUUACAUAUUUUUGCUGUCAAGCUGAAAAGGAAAAAGACUUCUGCUGGUCUCCUAUUGACUUAGUGUGUUCACCGCUCCGAGGGUUUUACUGUCACUUUGUUCUACAUGCAAAAUGCCGCACAUUGUCAAUCCGUUUUUACCGACUGAACUACAUGAAGCCUUCAAGUCGUGUAGUCUCAUUUUAAUAUUGCACAGCUGUUGUGAUGUUUUUACACAACCUUAUCUCGCUCUCAAGCGCCAGGGGAAACUCAGACACGCUCGCUUUUGUUCUAGUGACGUUUUGAGGUUCUCAGCAGUUCAUGUUACCUGCUUUCUUCGAUGGUUUUAGCAUCAAUACACCUCAGCUCUGUAAGUUUGCUAAUAUUCACUGUGGGGACUGGGCGGUGAUGUUUACCUGGGGGCGUUUCAGCUUUGUGUUUGAAAAGGAAACAUUUUCUAUAAGAUGUAUUUGGACCAAUGUCAUAGUCACAUAUCAGAGCAAAAGAAAUAUUACCUUAGACUUUUAUCUCAGACAUUCCAUGAUCAUAUUUUCAUACUCUGAGCUCUGUGGUUAAUUCUAAUAUUGUGAUAAGAGCACCGUCACUCAUCUGUUUUCUUCACCCCUUUUAAUCCCCCUCCUUAUAUUGUUAUUGCUUUUAUUGCUUGCCACAGUGGUGUAUAAGUGAGGCGUCAUCUUUGUGCGCUCACCAUGGUAAUUAUCACUCACCGAUUAACGUUUCUGUGCCAGUGCUUCAGUUUUAAAUAGACUCACAAGGGGAUCUUUAAUUCAUUUGGAGGUAACAGAUGAAAGAUAUGUGUUGUGGAAGAAAAGAAACGUGUGAGGAAUCUCUGUCAUCAUGUAAACGCUAAAAAGUAGUCGUGUCAAAACAAUGUUGGAUUUGGAAAAGUACCUGCUUUUGAGCCAUAAUAAUCUUCAAGUCCCAAGUCUGCUCUCAGACAUGUUUACUUCUGCGAGGAGAGAAAUCUGACCACAUGAAAGCUACAUGUUUCCUCAGCUGGUGUUUCAGCCUCUCCAGAUACGUGCGGCCAGUCGACUGGCAGUGUUGGACGGAGCCCGCCAUACAGUCAAAUGAACUGGGGUGUACUGUUUUCAGUGCUCACUCGGUUGCUGGGGAAACGUCUAGUUUUCUGAAUUCAAGCUCCUGCUGCCAGCCUGAGCUCCAGUUUAAGUUACAGCAGAUGAUGAUGUUAAUGGUGAUGUGUGGAAAAAUAUCAAAUAAAAUGUGAUUAAUGCCA